UCACAGUGAGUGUCUGAAGUUGUUGUCUUCUCUCCUUUUUGUCCUCUUUAUCACUCUCUUCCUCUUCCUCCCUCUCUCUCUCUCUCUCUCUCUCUUCUCGUGCUACGUUCUGUGGGGGAUAAAUGACUUGUGUUUAAUCAGAACAACUGGAGCGCAUCGAGGAAGGAAUGGACCAAAUCAAUAAGGACAUGAAGGAUGCAGAAAAGAAUUUGAACGAUCUAGGGAAAUUCUGUGGUCUUUGCUCCUGUCCAUGUAACAAGAUGAAAGGCGGAGCCAGCAAGGCCUGGGGGAAAAACCAGGACGGGGUGGUGGCCAGCCAGCCCGCCCGCGUGGUGGACGAGCGCGAACAGAUGGCCAUCAGCGGAGGCUUUAUCCGCAGGAGUAACGGAGGACGCCGGGAAAAUGAGAUGGAUGAAAAUCUGGAGCAGGUGGGCGGCAUCAUGAACCUGCGCCACAUGGCGCUGGACAUGGGCAACGAGAUCGACACCCAGAACCGCCAGAUCGACAGGAUCAUGGAUAAGGCCGAUUCCAACAAGACCAGGAUCGACGAGGCCAACCAGCGCACCACAAAGAUGCUGGGCAGUGGCUAGACGCCACGCGGCCCCGCCCCCCCGCCCCUCCCCCGCCCCCUGGAGCCGGCACGGCCCGCCUGGCGUUUCCCGCGCCGCCGCAUCUACAGGCGCCGACAUGCUUUUCAUCAUGGUAUUGACCUUCU